GGGCGGGCGCAGCCCCGCGGAGCCGGCGGGCGGCGGCGGCGGCCCCGCGCAGGGCCGGGACUUCUCCGGGGCUCGUCUGUGCCGAUCUUCUGGAUUUGGCUGCUGACUCGAGCUGACAGAUAAUGGAAACAUUUCCUUGGCGAUGUCUCUGGGGCGACUCCUCCGACGUGCCUCCUCCAAAGCCUCCGACCUCCUGACCCUGAAUCCCGGUGGCGGUGGCAGCUCAUCUUCUGUGCUGGAUGGAGAGAUUAUCUACUCCAAGAACAAUGUCUGUGUCCACCCACCUGAGCUGCUGCAAGGCGUCGGGGAGCACCAUCCAGGCUAUCUGUGCUUGUACAUGGAGAAGGACGAGCUCCUGGGGACCACGCUGAUCCUGGCCUGGGUGCCCAACUCCCGCAUCCAGAGGCAGGAUGAGGAAGCCCUGCGCUACAUCACCCCCGAGAGCUCCCCCGUGCGCAAAGCCCCGCGGAAACGCGGCCGCCACGCUCAGGGCCUGGGCCUCGCCUCGCCCCCGGAGCACAGGGGGGCCCUGACCCUCAGGGCAGACGAGCUCCUGGUGUCCCAGCCCGGCAGAGAUGGGCCCUACACCAGCCCCCCCUGCUCGGAGGGGGAGAGGCUGUCGCAGGGCUGCGCCCGCCGGUCCCCACAGCCCCCCCGCAGCGACUCAGGGAUCCUGUGCACGCUCAGCUCCCAGGAGGAGCACAACAGGUCGGAGCUGUCGGCGGAGGGCGCGGAGGAAGGGCUGGACUGCCGCGAGGACGAGGGCUCCUUGGAGCUGCCUGCUGAUGACGUGAGCAGGGACAGUACUUUUGACUCUGAUUCUGAUGCCUUCUCCUCCCCCUUCUGCCUCUCUCCCAUCAGUGAAGCCCUUGGGAAAAGCAGCAGUUCCGUGUUUCUGGACAGUGAAAGCAGGGACACGUGUGACAAUCGCAUGACCUGCUCCACCAGCUCUGCCUCCAGCCUCGACACCAGUGCCCAGUUCCAGGAGAACAAUGGGCAAACACAGAGCGCCAGAUGGGAUGAACAGCAGAAGGUAUUUGCCCUCGAGCAGGUCUGUGGUGUCUUCAGAGUGGACCUGGGACAAAUGCGAUCCCUUCGUCUCUUCUUCAGUGACGAGGCGUGCACCUGUGGGCAGCUGGUGGUUGCAAGCAGGGAGAGCCAGUACAAGAUCUUCCAUUUUCACCACGGUGGCCUGGAUAAACUCUCCGAGGUGUUUCAGCAGUGGAAGUACUGCACAGAGACCCAUCUCAAGGACCAGCAGCUCGCUGAUGAGAAAACCUGUAUGCAGUUCUCCAUCCGCCGUCCCAAGCUGCCCUCCUCGGAAACCCACCCCGAGGAGAACACGUACAGGCGCCUCGACGUGUCUGCCUGGCUCCAUCACCUGAACGAAUCCGGACAGGUGGAAGAGGAGUACAAGCUGCAGAAGGCCAUUUUCUUCGGUGGGAUUGAUAUUUCCAUCCGUGGGGAGGUGUGGCCCUUUCUGCUGCACUACUACAGCUACGAGUCCACUUCUGAAGAGAGGGAGGCACUGAGGCUGCAGAAGAGGAAAGAAUACUUUGAGAUCCAGGAGAAAAGGCUGUCCAUGACUCCGGAUGAACAGAAGGAUUUCUGGCGUCAGGUGCAGUUCACGGUGGACAAGGACGUUGUGAGGACUGACCGCAGCAACCAGUUCUUCCGAGGGGAGGACAACCCCAACGUGGAAACCAUGAGGAGGAUCUUGCUGAACUAUGCAGUAUUUAACCCAGCCACUGGAUACUCCCAGGGCAUGUCCGACCUGGUUGCUCCACUCCUGGCAGAGAUCCUGGAUGAGUCGGAUACUUUCUGGUGCUUUGUUGGAUUGAUGCAGAACACGAUCUUCAUCAGCUCCCCCCGGGAUGAGGACAUGGAGAAGCAGCUGCUGUACCUGCGCGAGCUGCUGCGGCUCAUGCACCCGCGCUUCUACCAGCACCUCUGUGCCCUGGGAGAGGAUGGCCUGCAGAUGCUCUUCUGUCACCGCUGGAUCCUGCUCUGUUUCAAGCGGGAGUUCCCGGAGGCCGAGGCCCUGCGCAUGUGGGAGGCCUGCUGGGCUCACUACCAGACAGACUAUUUCCACCUCUUUAUCUGCGUGGCCAUCGUGGUGAUUUACGGGGAUGAUGUCAUUGAACAACAGCUGGCCACUGAUCAGAUGCUGCUGCAUUUCAGCAACCUGGCCAUGCACAUGAACGGGGAGCUCGUACUCAGGAAGGCCAGGAGUCUGCUCUAUCAGUUCCACCUGCUCCCCCGCAUCCCCUGCAGCCUGCACGACCUCUGCAGGCUGUGUGGGACAGGGAUGUGGGACAGUGGCUUCAUCCCCGCCGUGGAGUGCUCCGGCCAUCACCCCAAGUCCGAGAGCUGCCCGUACGGAGGGCUGGUGGAAGUGUCUUCUCCUAGACCAGGAAGUGAAGGCAAGAAAGGCCUGAAAACACGGGAUGUCUUUGCCUUCCGAAAAUAGCUGAGAGGAACAGGGUGUGACGGCGGAAGGGACGGGCAGGAAGGAUGUGCAUAGGAAAAAAUGUUGAAGAUGAAAAUGGAGGAAUAGCUUGUCAAGAUUCCUGAGAAGACUGAAAGGUGGGGAAUGGAAGAGGAAUUAAAUUGCUCUACAGGGGAAGCAAGUUCCAGUGCAUGGAUGGUGGAACCUGAGCAAAAGGCAUCGACCCAGGAACUGUUGACACAUGUUUGCAUUUGGUUUUGUUAGAAACAAGCUUUUCUAGGUCUUAUCAAGGACUUUUUAUUCUGCCUCUGGGACUGGACUGGUUAUCAACCAGAACUUUCUUACUUGCUGAUGAGAAGGGAGAGCGCUGCAGAGAGCCAAGUGCACAGGCAGCGUUGGUGGGGCCGGGGCAGGAGCAGAGCUGGGCGAGGCACCCGGAGCUCACCGUGCGCUCUCCGCUUCAACCAGCACGUGCAACACGGGGCUGCUCUCUAAAGCCAUAGAGACCAUUUUAAUUAUCAUCUGCCAAAAAUAAAUCUGCAGACCAUUGGGAUUGCAGGGAA